GGGCUGGGCGGAGAGGGGAGGGGGCGGCGGCGGCCGAGGCAGAGGCGGCGUCGUCCUCGCCGUGGUCCGGACGGUGCGUGGCGGCGCGGGUGGCCACGGGAGAAGGAGGUAGGGACCGCCCCUGCGGUGCUAUCGAGCCUCUCUGCGUUGGCGCGUCGGAGGGCCGCGGCCCCCUGCCCUCCCCACAGCCCUGGGCGUCUGGCGGACCCCGGGACGCCGGGUCACCCUGCGGGCCCCGCGCUGCAGGCAUAAUGGUUAUGAAAGCUUCAGUGGAUGAGGAUGAUGCAGGAUGGGAGCUCAGUAUGCCAGAAAAAAUGGAGAAAAGCAAUACAAGUUGGGUGGAUAUAACUCAAGAUUUUGAAGAAGCUUGUCGAGAAUUAAAGUUGGGAGAACUGCUUCAUGAUAAGCUAUUUGGUCUUUUUGAAGCUAUGUCUGCUAUUGAAAUGAUGGAUCCCAAGAUGGAUGCUGGCAUGAUUGGAAACCAAGUUAAUCGAAAGGUUCUCAAUUUUGAACAAGCUAUCAAGGAUGGCACCAUUAAAAUUAAAGACCUUACUUUGCCUGAAUUGAUAGGGAUCAUGGAUACCUGUUUUUGCUGCUUGAUAACCUGGUUAGAAGGCCAUUCCUUGGCACAGACAGUAUUCACGUGCCUUUACAUUCAUAAUCCAGACUUUAUAGAAGAUCCUGCCAUGAAAGCUUUUGCUUUGGGAAUCUUGAAAAUUUGUGAUAUCGCAAGGGAAAAAGUAAAUAAAGCUGCUGUUUUUGAAGAGGAAGAUUUUCAGUCAAUGACUUACGGAUUUAAAAUGGCUAACAGUGUGACAGAUCUUCGAGUUACAGGCAUGCUAAAAGAUGUGGAAGAUGACAUGCAAAGAAGAGUAAAGAGUACUCGAAGUCGGCAAGGAGAAGAAAGAGAUCCAGAAGUUGAACUAGAACACCAGCAGUGUUUAGCAGUAUUCAGCAGGGUGAAAUUUACUCGUGUGCUGCUGACAGUGCUGAUAGCCUUUACUAAGAAAGAGACCAGCGCUGUUGCAGAAGCUCAAAAAUUGAUGGUACAAGCAGCAGAUCUCCUUUCUGCCAUUCAUAAUUCAUUGCAUCAUGGCAUCCAGGCCCAGAACGAUACUACAAAAGGAGAUCAUCCAAUUAUGAUGGGUUUUGAGCCCCUUGUUAACCAGAGAUUACUACCACCCACCUUCCCUCGAUAUGCAAAAAUAAUUAAAAGGGAAGAAAUGGUCAACUAUUUUGCAAGAUUAAUAGAUAGAAUAAAAACUGUUUGUGAGGUUGUGAAUUUAACAAAUUUACAUUGUAUCUUGGAUUUUUUCUGUGAAUUUAGUGAACAAUCACCAUGUGUUCUUUCAAGAUCUCUGUUACAGACCACUUUCCUGGUGGAUAACAAGAAGGUUUUUGGAACUCAUCUCAUGCAAGACAUGGUGAAAGAUGCACUUCGGUCUUUUGUCAGUCCUCCGGUGCUUUCCCCUAAGUGCUGCCUAUAUAAUAACCACCAGGCUAAGGACUGUAUCGACUCUUUUGUUACUCACUGUGUUCGGCCAUUCUGUAGUCUUAUUCAGAUCCAUGGACACAACAGGGCCCGACAGAGAGAUAAGCUGGGUCACAUUCUUGAGGAGUUUGCUACCUUGCAGGAUGAGGCAGAGAAAGUGGAUGCUGCACUUCACACCAUGCUGUUGAAACAGGAGCCCCAGAGGCAACAUUUGGCCUGUCUAGGAACCUGGGUCCUUUACCAUAACCUGCGGAUCAUGAUACAGUAUCUUCUAAGCGGCUUUGAGUUGGAACUCUAUAGCAUGCACGAGUACUACUACAUAUAUUGGUACCUCUCGGAGUUCCUUUACGCGUGGUUGAUGUCCACCCUGAGCCGUGCAGAUGGCUCUCAGAUGGCUGAGGAGAGGAUAAUGGAAGAGCAGCAGAAAGGACGCAGCAGUAAAAAAACAAAGAAGAAAAAGAAAGUUCGUCCACUGAGCCGUGAGAUCACCAUGAGCCAGGCCUACCAGAACAUGUGUGCUGGCAUGUUUAAAACCAUGGUUGCAUUUGACAUGGAUGGCAAAGUACGCAAACCCAAGUUUGAGCUUGAUAGUGAGCAAGUCCGGUACGAGCACAGGUUUGCUCCUUUCAACAGUGUCAUGACCCCACCACCAGUGCACUACCUGCAGUUCAAGGAAAUGUCUGACCUCAAUAAAUAUAGCCCCCCUCCUCAGUCUCCUGAACUGUAUGUGGCAGCCAGUAAGCACUUUCAACAGGCGAAAAUGAUACUAGAAAAUAUUCCAAACCCCGACCAUGAGGUCAACAGAAUUUUAAAGGUUGCCAAACCCAACUUUGUGGUUAUGAAGUUGCUGGCAGGAGGACACAAGAAGGAAUCUAAGGUUCCUCCUGAAUUUGAUUUCUCGGCUCACAAAUAUUUUCCUGUUGUGAAACUUGUUUGAGAGUCUGAGAAGGUGCCGAGGAGGGCUAGAAUCUACUUUCAGAUUCCGCCGAGAGGAUCCAUCGUCUCCGUCUGUCUUACACAUAAUGUGAUGUGAAAUGGAUUUCUUGGAUAACCACCCAUCAUAAGGAACUUUUAGUUUGACAGCCUUAUAUGACAUGAAUGAAAACUGCUGUUUUAAAGUGGUUUAUUAUGUUCCAUGGAUGAAACUGGUCUUAUUGAAUGCAUUGAUGAACGCUAUAUGGUUUUAUUACAGAUUUAACCAUAAAUCAUUUUUUAUGAAUGACUGAGUGAAAAUAGUGUUUGUAAAGGUUAAUAAAUUUCUUGACAAAAAAACACA